AUGGGCGAGAGAGUCAACAGACCGACUUCCAUUGUGACCAGGUCAAUAAUAGCUGAGACAAAGACAGGCCAGCCAAAUAUAGGUACCGUGUCGGCGCUUAGGAUACGGCGCUGUAGCCCAAUCCGCGAUCCAGCACAACUAGACCCCACAACAUUGCAAGAUGCACCAGGAGAGGCGGUUAGGGCGGUUGAAGAGAAGUUCCAAGUUGGGUUGGCCGUUUGGAUUCUGGAUGAAAUGAACGGGCACGUGAUAUCUGGUGUGAGUGACAGCAAUGAAUUAGCAUACACUGGCACAUCUGAAUCAGGAGUGUCUCAUAUACCCGCCAUGCCUUUCCUACUAGCACUCCUAUUUGCUCCUGCAAUGAGACGAGUCACUACAAGAAAGCUUGCUGUAGGCAGUAAUGGUUCUGAAUGGAAUGAUCAUAUGACAGUAGAAGGAGAUUCACCUGCCAGACAGAGUGAUGUCUGCCCAACCCAAAUGUUCUCUACCUUCCUGAUCUGCGCGUCUCCCUGUAUACUGAUUGUGAUGUCUGAGGCAUUGAAGAACAUUGACCAUCAAUAA